AUGACUGAAACAACUCCAAAACAUGCGCCUUUCCGGCCGCAAGAUCACCUUCAACCAUUCCCACCACUACCACCAGCAACAUCCGAACCAUUGAAACCAUCAGCCCCUCCCAACCAAGAGCCCGAGCCGAACCAGAAUGGAACACCUCACAGCAACAAACAACCCCUCAACGACUCAACCAGCGAUGAAACAAUUCCUCCUCUCCCCACCGUGAUCUCACGCAUCCACGCCCGCGUACAAGCCUUCCUAAACGAACCCCACGCCCCGGACACGCUGCUGGCCUCCGUGCAACGGCAGACGCGCAUCUCCCUAGAAGUAGUCAGCACCGCGCUGCAGCGAUACAAGCUCUCGGAACUAUCCGUCUCCUACAACGGCGGCAAGGACUGUCUAGUCCUGCUAAUUCUGUUUCUGGCCGGGUUGCAUCCAAUCCAUGCCGGCAAUGACCCACACCCCACCGCAAAUGCAAACACAACCGAUACAACCCCCUCCCCCGCAGACCUCGACACCGAAGCCCAGAUAGCCGCGGCGAAGGUCAUCCCGGCGAUUUAUGCCCUCCCACCUGAUCCCUUCGAUGAAGUCGAAGACUUCGUCAUCUCCUCCGCUAAAGCUUAUCAUCUCGAUAUUGCAAAGUACACGACUGCGCCGCCGGCUUCGACGCUCCGCUCGAGCUUUGAGGAUUAUCUGGCGCACCACCCUGGGAUCCGGGCGAUAUUUGUUGGUACGCGGCGGACGGAUCCGCAUGGCACACAGCUGACGCACUUUGAUCGGACGGACGGGGGGUGGCCGGAUUUCGUACGCGUGCAUCCCAUGAUUGAUUGGCAUUAUGCGGAGAUCUGGGCGUUCAUUCGGCAUCUGGAUUUGAAGUACUGUUCGCUUUAUGACGAGGGAUAUACUAGUCUUGGUGGCACGUCUGAUACCCAUCCUAAUCCGAGAUUGCGGCUUGGGGCUCAGCUUGAUGGACAGUAUCUUCCUGCUUAUCAGCUCACCGAGGAUCUGGAGGAGAGACUUGGGCGCAAUUGA